AGAAGAAAAAAGAAAUCCUGUCAUCACUGGAUCUGAGUCUGUUUUACUAAACCAGCAGGAAAAAACUCGCGCAAACCUCUGCGCGCGCGGGACCGGACCGGGGGAUCAGACGCGUUACCGAGCAACAGGAACUGGAGCGUUACCGCGCGACCGAAAAUGCACGUGGGGAAGAUACUGCUCGGGGUUCUGGGAGCAGUGGUAGUGGUCACUCUGAUAGCUGUACCGACGGCUAUCUAUCUUAAUGAGAAGACCCCAGAAGAUGCCAAGCGGACUUUUACCCUUAAUGACUACUUCAACAGCAGCAUCAGACCCAGAUCAUUUAACAUGCGCUGGAUCUCUGAUCACGAGUAUCUUCACAGCACGCGAAACGAAGCGCUCUUAUUGUUUAACGUGUCUUCAGAGAAAGGAGAGAAGUUUCUGGAAGAGACUCUUGACUCCUUUAAAGCCUUCGAUUACUUGGUGUCAGCGGAUCGCAAGUUUGUUUGUUUACUCACCAACCACUCAAAGAUCUGGAGACACUCGUUUACCGCGACGUACUUAAUCUAUGACCGGGACAACAGGAAGUUACUCACUACGGAUUUACCACACGAUGUUCAGUACCUUGUCUGGGCUCCGGCUGGUCACAAGCUGGCGUAUGUAUGGGACAAUAAUGUGUAUGUGAAGUCCAGUCCUUCUUCACCAGCAGAACAAGUCACCAGUAGUGGAAAUCAGAUGAUCCUAAAUGGAAUUCCUGACUGGGUGUAUGAGGAGGAGAUGUUUUCUGGUAACCAUGCCAUGUGGUGGUCUCCAUCCGGGAGGUUCCUGGCCUUUGCUCAGUUCAACGACUCAGACGUGCACCUCAUUGAGUACUCGUGGUACGGACAGGGUCAGUAUCCGGAAACGGUCUCCAUCCCAUAUCCCAAGGCUGGAACACCGAACCCCACGGUCCGCCUCUUCGUGGUUGAUGCUCUGAACGUGUCCAAAAUUAUGGAGAUCUUAGUGCCAAGCGCACUGGCCUCACGAGAUCAUUACCUGAGCACCGUCACCUGGGUCACAGACAACACCAUCACAGUUCAGUGGCAAAACCGCACACAGAGUCUCGUCAUUCUGCAGGUGUACGAACUGAGCGGCGAGACGUGGAGCGUAAAGACGGAAAUAAAAGUGGAAAGCGCAACAGGUUGGGUCGGACGAUUCUCACCGACUGACCCUGUGUUUAAACCUGACGGUUCCAGCUUUUACUACAUCAAGAGUGACUCGAGAGGCUUUAAACACAUCCAUCACAUCAGUGGGACAACGGUCACAGCCAUCACAUCUGGACAGUGGGAGGUCACCGACAUCCUCAAGGUGACCAAUGACGCCAUAUUCUAUAUGAGCAACGAACACAACAGUCAUCCAGGCCAGAGAAACGUUUACAAAAUCACUAUAGACGGUGCGACUCAUUCCCGGGCCGACUGUCUCACCUGUACGCUGAUGGAGGACAGGUGUAAAUAUAACUCCGCCUACUUUAGCACUGACGGCACCUACUACCGCCUGAGCUGCUCAGGUCCCGGACUGCCUCUGUACACGCUACGAGACAGUCGAGGUGCUGGAUCAGAGAUCAGGGUUCUGGAGGAUAAUAAACUCCUGGAGUCGAUUCUUCAGAACAUCGCCAUGCCCUCGGUGACACACGGCACACUGAAGAUCGGCGGCUUCGACCUCUGGUACCAGCUGAUUCUGCCUCCUAACUUCGACAAGUCCAAAACUUAUCCUCUGCUGAUCGACGUCUACGCCGGGCCGUGCAGUCAGAAGUCAGAUUUCCGAUUCCGGAUCAACUGGUCUACGUAUCUGGCCAGCACGGAGAACAUCAUCGUGGCCAGUUUUGAUGGCCGAGGAAGCGGUUACCAAGGAGAUCGCAUCAUGCACUCCAUCUAUAAACGACUAGGCACCUAUGAGGUGGAGGACCAGAUCACCGCUGCCAGACAUUUCAUUGAUUUGGGCUACGUUGAUAAAGACAGAAUGGCGAUCUGGGGAUGGUCUUAUGGGGGUUACGUCACCUCCAUGGCCCUGGGAGCAGGAAGUGGAGUGUUUAAGUGCGGCAUGGCCGUCGCCCCGGUGUCCAAGUGGGAGUAUUAUGAUUCCAUCUACACGGAGCGCUACAUGCUCACGCCACAGGAAAACCCCGACUUCUAUGAAAAUUCCACUGUGAUGGAACGAGCAAAGAAUUUCGAUUCUGUUCAGUACCUGCUGGUGCACGGCACAGCUGACGAUAACGUUCACUUCCAGCAAGCAGCACAAAUCUCCAAAGCUCUCGUCAACCACCAAGUGGAUUUUGAGUCGAUGUGGUACACAGAUGAAGAUCACAGUCUCGGAGGGUCGGCCAAUGAGCACGUCUAUACUCACAUGAGUCACUUCCUGCAGAAGUGCUUUGCAUGAUUUGCGCCUGGAGACGUCACGUUCGACACGUGACUCAGUUCCUGGAAUUCAACGAUCUUUCUCAAAUCACCAAACCAAGUUUUCUUCAGCUGCUACUUUUUUUUUUUUUGCUAUUUUUUUGCUGUUUUCUGUUUUGUUUGUUUGUUUGUUUGAUGUUUUUUUUUUAAUUCCAGGUGUAAAUGAUUUUUUUUAUUCAUACUGAUGCUGCAGCAGCUUCUGCUUUUCACCGACUCGAUCAUUCGGCACGAGGUUUCCGAGGGUAAUUAAAGCGACACUUGACCGCGCGACCUCAGCGAUUCCCGACAGCCUGGUUCGUUGCUUAGCAACAGGCUGGGACGCUAAUAUUCCUUCACACGGCUUUCAGCGUCGCUCUUAAAUUUUUGCCGUGAAUCCGAGGCUGAAACUCGCAAGAAAUCGGAACGUUUUUAAACUUUGCAACACGAAAGCAACUUUAAAUAAAAAAUAAAGUCUUUGAGCCUGAAAUCUUCUAAAGCUGCGACAUUUUAUGCUAGGUUUUUAUUUUCCCUGUAAAUUCUUAGAGUAUUUUCCAAUUUUUUUUUUUUACUUCUUAAAAGUUUGAUGCAGAUGUUUUCACGACUGAAAUGAAAGUUUGUUAACAAUAGUUCAUUAAUUAAAUGUUUCCUUUUCAAACUUUUUUUUUUAAACGAUUGUAUUGCUUUAUUUAAAAAACCGUGGAGCUGCUGGUCUGUUCUCAGUUGCAUAUAUCUUCAGGUAUGAUUUUAUUGGAUCAUUUGUUUUAUAAUGUGUGUGAUUCGGGGCACUGAAGUUUCCUUCCUGCCUCAACGAAUAAACAAAGAUGAUUUCCUCUGAGCAGCUUUACUUAUCUGUGUGUGUCUUUUAUUUCAGUUCCAAUCAGGUCGAUAUUAAACACCGGGGAAUCAGAAAAUCGUUCAAUUUGUACCUUUGUUUUUAAAAAGAAAAGAAAAUAUUUAUUGUAAAUUCAUGAAAGUAUUUGAUGUAUUUUGCAAUAAAACUUCAAACAUUUGAACUAUUA